AAACCCUAGUCACAAAUCCAACUCCAAAGUUAUCGAUUUUUGUAAGAAAACCCUAAGGAUCCAAAUUACGCUAUGUCGACGGCGGCGAGUGCAGAAGCGGCGGCGAGUGUGCCUAAGCGGAAACCAGUGUUUGUGAAGGUGGAUCAGCUCAAACCAGGAACCAGCGGCCAUAAUCUGACCGUCAAAGUCGUUGAAUCGAAGCCCGUCAAAGCGGCCGCUCGUAAAAGCUCGCUCACCAAGCAAACCCGCUCUUCUCGUAUGGCUGAGUGUCUUAUCGGCGACGAUACUGGUUGCAUACUUUUCACUGCUCGCAACGAUCAAGUUGAUCUGAUGAAGACUGGAGCAACGGUUAUUCUGAGGAAUGCGAGGAUUGAUUUGUUCAAGGACACAAUGAGAAUGGGUGUUGACAAAUGGGGACUCAUUGAAGUCACGAACCCUGCUCCCUUUGAGGUUAAUCGCGGCAACAAUCUCUCCCUGAUCGAGUAUGAAGUGGUCAACGUACCUUUUCGUGACUGAAACCCGAGUCUGUCUCUGCUUCUUUCGGUAUUAGUUUAACUUUUCAGAGAGCUCUCUCUCUCUCUAGUGAGGUUGGAUUAAUUGUGAUAUUGGAUCGUGUAAUCUCUCUCUUUGGAUAUUUCUGAAUAGUUUCUGGAUAUUUCUCAUU